AUGAGCGAGGGGGCUGCGGGUGCCGCGGCGCCCGGGGCGGCGGAGGCGGCGGCUGCGGCGGGGGGCCCGGGCGGGGAUGGGGCCGGGGGGCCGCCGCGGGAGCUGCGCUGCAGCGACUGCAUCGUCUGGAACCGGCAGCAGACGUGGCUGUGCGUGGUACCCCUCUUCAUCGGCUUCAUCGGGCUGGGGCUCAGCCUCAUGCUGCUCAAGUGGAUCGUGGUGGGCUCCGUCAAGGAGUACGUCCCCACCGAGCUGAUGGACGCCAAGGGCGUGGGGCAGGACCCCUUCUUCCUCUCCAAGCCCACCGCCCCCCCCCGCGGCGCGGAGACCACCGCCGCCGCCACGCCGCGGCCGCCCAGCCGGGUCAGCCCCCGCCUCACCACCAUGAGCCGGGCUCCCCCGCGGCCCCCCGGCACCCGCGGCCCUGCGCGGGGCGGCCCGCGGCCCACCGCGCCCCGGCACCCCGUGCCGCCGCACACGGCACCGCCCGCCAGCGGCCCCCCCGGCACUGGCACCGCCGGCCGCGCCGCCCGGCCGCCGCCCGCCGCCCCCAGCACCCCGCCGCUGCCCGCCUGGCCCACUGCGGCACACGCUACCUCCUCCUACAAGAUCUACGUCCACGACUCGGCUCCGUCCUGGACCUUGUCUCCCUUCCAGGAGUCGACCACCACCACGCCGGAGGCCAGCACGACCCCCAAAACCCACACCACGACGUAUUCCACGGAGCGCUCGGAGCACUUUAAGCCAUGCAAGGACAAGGACCUGGCGUAUUGUCUCAACGAGGGGGAAUGCUUUGUGAUCGAAACCCUGACGGGAUCCCACAAACACUGCCGGUGCAAAGAGGGCUACCAAGGAGUCCGCUGUGACCAAUUUUUGCCGAAAACCGACUCAAUCUUGUCAGAUCCAACAGACCAUUUAGGAAUUGAAUUCAUGGAGAGCGAGGAGGUGUACCAGCGCCAGGUGCUGUCCAUCGCCUGCAUCGUCUUCGGCAUCGUCGUGGUGGGCAUGCUGUGUGCAGCCUUCUACUUCAAAACAAAGAAGCAAACCAAGCAGAUCCACGAACAGCUGAAAGAAACGCAGAAUAGGAAAACCUACAGCCUAAAUGCUUCCAGCAUGAUGGCAAAGUCAGAGUGUAUGGCACAAAGCCAAGUCCAGCUGCAAAAUUACUCAAAGCCAGAUAGGCACCCGGGGCCCAUUCUGCACAAAGUUAUGGAGUCUAGUUUUUCAGGCACCCAGUCUUUCCCAGAGGCCUUGUCUCCUGACAGAGGAACCCAGCCCAUCAAGCACCACAGAAGUCUCUCUUCGUGCUGCAGCCCAGGACAGAGAAGUGGGAUGCUGCACAGAAAUGCCUUUCGCAGGACUCCUCCCUUGCCUCGGGGUAGGUUCAAUGGGAUUGCAGGACCAGCAUAUCAGCAGCUCCAGGAGUCCAGGAUCACCGACCAGGACACCAUACCUUGUCACGGGUAUUCAUCCAGUGAUUUAAAAACUCCUCAGAAUCCUUCAAUAAAUAUGCAACUGCCUUCAAGAGAGACAACCCCAUAUUUUAAUAACGUGGAUCAGAAGGACUUGGUCAGCUAUUCCUCUUCAAGGGCCAACUCCGUCCCCAUCAUCCCGUCUGUGGGCUUGGACGAAGCCUGCAUGCAAAUGCAAAAUGUUCCUGAAGUAACAGGCAUCAAAUGGUGCAAAAACUCCUAUUCUGCUGAACUUGUCAACGUGAGUUCCCCAGUCAGUAAUUGUCUAAUAGCAGAACAGCACGAGGUGAAAGUCUUGCUGGAAACUGUGCAGGAGCAGAUCCGGAUGCUGACGGACGCGCGGCGGGCGGAGGACGCGGAGCUGGCGGGCGCGGAGGCGCGGGGCGGCGCGAGCGAGAACACGGCCUUCCUGCCCAUGAGCCCCACGGCCAAGGCAGAGCGAGAGGCACACUUUGUCCUCAAAAGUGACACGCAGAGAGACUCGGUACUCACCAAGUGACUCCGCCUGGGGGCUGCGGGAGGGCAAGCGAGGGGUCCGCGCGUUCGACGCUUUGCUGAACAGGAAGGGAGGAAGUUAAAUACAAAUUAUUUAUAUGCAUUAAUUUAAGAGCAUCUACUUAGAAGAAACCAAAUAGUCAAUCGCCCUCAUAUCAUAGUGUUUUUUAACAAAAUAUUUUUUUAAGGGAAAAGUUCCAGGAGGGAUGAAGCGUGCUUUUAGAUGCUUUCCAGGCAGGAUUACACAGUUCCAGUUCCAGAGGACUUUUCCAUGGUCCUGUUCGGCUGUCCGAAGGCUUAGGCUAUGCAUCUCCUUUUCAGUAAAGGCCAAGUACCAUCCUUAGAUGCAUUUCUGGUUUCAGGGCAGCGCUGCAGUGAGCUGCUGGGCAGGGAUUCAGACCCUGGAGAACAUGUCCUGUAAGCCCAACACAGACCCAGUCCCCUCUCCCCCUCUGCUCUUGAUUCCGGGUUCACAUCACGAGAUCAGGCACACAGACACCUAGUUCUGAGUUCUGGUACCUGCUGUGGAAUGAUAACAACGUCCCUGAAUUGACCAGAUACUUAACUCUUAACAUUAAUUCAAUGUGUCAGUCGCCCAAAGAAAGUCAAAGGAAUAAUUUAUGAGCUUUGGGAUUGGCCAAGAGUGGGAGCAGGAUUGGGGUCUAUAGAGAUUCAGUGAGUCCACAGCUGCUCCAUCUUCUGAGCUUUGCCUAUCAGAGCUGCCUUGGUGGAGAGUGAGGAAGAACGAGAGGAAAUGUAAACGUGUGUAUUACAACAGGUUUGGUUUUGGUUUCUGGUUUGGUUUUUUUUAAGUGGAAACAUAAACUCUGUUGUUCGUUAGCACCCCUCAACAUUUCUAAACUUUUACACUUUAAAAGCAUUUGUAAGCUCUCAAGGAGCACUUCUCGGUGUGUGUGUAUUUUUUUUAAACUUAUUUUUUAUUAUGGCUUGUUCAGAGAAGAGUCAGGGAGAUCCAGUAUGAUCAAAAUCCAGCCAGUAAGUGUCCACGCUGCCUAAUUUGUUCCUGCAUUCAGUUCUCCAGUCACUUUAAUUAAUUAUGGCUUAGGCUUGUGAACUUUAAAGCUUCAACCUUGCAGAUGGUUCAGUAUGGGCAGACCCACAGGCAUGCAGAGAUCUGACUCUGAUGGAGCUUUCUAAGAGCAGAUGGUUCCACCAAGUCCCUCCCUGCAGGGGAUCAAGGCCUUAGAG